UUUAUUUAUUUGUUGGAGUGAUAUGGUAAUUGUUAAACUAUGGGUGCUCAACAAACUAAGGAUAGAGUCAUAUCAACCGGCUCAACAGUGAGACAAACAAGAAAACAACCAAGAAAUCCAAAAGAAUCAAGACUCAUUGGAUCCAACAUCUUCACCGAGCACAGUGAAGCACUUUUACAAAGUAGACCUCUGCCACAUAUCCCUGCAUUACCUGAGGGUGAUCCACCAAGUGGUACAAGUUUACAAUCAUUAUCACAACAAUCAAAUUUUUCACAACAUAAUACUGGUGGUGUUGGUGGUGGUGGUGGUGUUGUUGGUGGUAGUAGUGGUGUUGUUGGUGGUGGUGGUGUUGUUGGUGGUGGUGGUGUUGGUGGUGGUAGUAGUGGUAGUGGUAGUGGAAAUCUUCUUGAAGCAGCAAAUAGAUGGACAAGCAAAGAAAAUCUUUUGGCACAAGAAGAAGAUGAUCCACAAUUAUUUGUUGCACUUUAUGACUUUCAGGCUGGUGGUGAAAAUCAACUUAGUCUUAAAAAAGGUGAACAAGUACGAAUAUUGAGUUACAAUAAAAGUGGUGAAUGGUGUGAGGCACAUUCAAGUGCUGGACAAGUUGGUUGGGUACCAUCAAAUUAUGUAACACCAGUUAAUUCAUUAGAAAAACAUUCUUGGUAUCAUGGAAGAAUAGCAAGAAAUGCUGCUGAAUAUUUAUUAAGUUCUGGUAUUAAUGGAAGUUUUCUUGUACGUGAAUCAGAAAGUAGUCCUGGACAAAGAAGUAUAUCACUACGUUAUGAGGGUAGAGUUUAUCAUUAUAGAAUUAAUGAAGACAGUGAUGGAAAGAUGUUUGUAACGGCUGAGAGUAAAUUUAAUACACUUGCUGAACUUGUACAUCAUCAUUCAAUGCUUGCUGAUGGACUUAUUACACAAUUACUAUAUCCAGCACCAAAACAUAAUAAACCAACAGUAUUUCCAUUAAGUCCAGAACCAGAUGAAUGGGAAAUAAAUCGUACUGAUAUUGUAAUGCGUCAUAAACUUGGUGGUGGACAAUAUGGUGAUGUUUAUGAAGCAGUAUGGAAACGUUAUAAUAUGACUGUUGCUGUUAAAACAUUAAAAGAAGAUACAAUGGCAUUAAAAGAUUUUCUUGAAGAAGCAUCAAUUAUGAAAGAAAUGAAACAUAAAAAUCUAGUCCAAUUACUUGGUGUAUGUACACGUGAACCACCAUUUUAUAUUAUAACUGAAUUUAUGAGUAAAGGUAAUUUACUUGAUUAUUUACGUAAUGAAAAUAAAAAUCAAAUAAAUGCUGUUGUAUUAAUGCAUAUGGCAACACAAAUUGCAAGUGGUAUGAAUUAUCUUGAAAGUAGAAAUUUUAUACAUCGUGAUUUAGCAGCACGUAAUUGUUUAGUUGGUGAAAAUCAUCAAGUUAAAGUUGCUGAUUUUGGAUUAGCAAGAUUAAUGAGAGAUGAUACAUAUACAGCACAUGCUGGUGCUAAAUUUCCAAUAAAAUGGACAGCACCAGAAGGUCUUGCUUAUAAUAAAUUUUCAACAAAAUCUGAUGUAUGGGCAUUUGGUAUAUUAUUAUGGGAAAUAGCAACAUAUGGAAUGAGUCCAUAUCCUGGUGUUGAUUUAACUGAUGUUUAUCAUAUGUUAGAAAAAGGUUAUAGAAUGGAAUGUCCACCAGGUUGUCCACCAAAAGUAUAUGAUUUAAUGAGACAAUGUUGGCAAUGGUCAGCUAUUGAUAGACCAACAUUUAAAGAUAUUCAUCAUUCACUUGAAAAUAUGUUUCAAGAAUCAAGUAUAACUGAAGAAGUUGAAAAACAAUUACAGGGUAGUAGUUGUACUAGUGCUAGUGGUGGUGGAAGUGGUGGAAGUGGUGGUGGAGGUGGUGGUAAUAGUAGUGGCAAUGGUAAUGCUAGUGGUAGUGGUAGUGAUGCUCUUAUUUUAUCAUAUAAAAAAUCACAAGUUGGAAGCACUGGAAAUAUUCAUGGACUUGUUCUCGUUUCUGAUCAAUUAUCAACGUCUGGUUUAACUCAAGAUGGACCAAGUACUGUCACAAAAUUAAGUACAUUUAUGGGUGGACUUGCAAAUAAAGGAAGUAGUAUUGUUCAAAUGCGUAGAUCAACAAAUAAAAAAGGAAAACAAGCACCAGCACCACCAAAAAGAACAAGUUUGUUGUCUUCAUGCAGUUCAUUUCGUGACUCUGCAUAUCAUGAACAAGAUCAACAAAUAAUUGAUAAUGUCGGUGCUGUUAAUUUGGAUGAUGGCAACGAUCUAAAUGGUAUUGAUAACACUUUUCAAGGUAUCACACGAGAACUUGUGACAAUGGCAACACAAUCAGUACCAUCAGGAUGUGGUGAUCAGGAUGAUGAUGGUGAUGGAAACCAGCAGAUUACUGAGCAAAAUAUAUCAACAUCAUAUCAAUCAUCAGCAUCACCGGAGUCAGUACUAAAUCAGAAACAAUUAAAAACUCAACAUAAUCCAUCCAAAGACGUACUCCCACAGAAGCUGGUCCACGUGGGUGCCCUGGAAGUGCAAAAUGUUAAACGUGCCAUAAAUCGUUAUGGAACAAUGCCAAAAGGUUUACGUAUUGGUGCAUAUUUAGAAUCAUUACGUCAAAGUGGCAAUUCAUCAUCACAUGAUACACCAUUAGUUAGUGAAAAUAUACAACAACAAUCACAACAACGUGAUCAAGCACAAUUACCAUCAGUAAUACAUGAUUUACCAAGAGAAAAUCAAGAAACAUUACAACAUCGUUCAUUAUCACCACGUCAAAAUAAUAAUUUACGUAAUCAAUCACAAAUGACACGUAGUAAUUCAUCAAGUGGUGUUGUUAAUACUUAUCAACCACCAAAUUCACCACGUAAUCGUUGUGCUAUUAAUCGUAAUAAAAAUAAUCAAGAUAAUAAUAAUAUUAAUUUACGUACAUUUAGAACAACAAAUAAUUCAGCAUUUCGUACAGCAAGUCCAUCAAGAUCAGUACAACCAACACUUGCUGAUUUAGAAUUUCCACCACCUCCACCAUUAGAUUUACCACCUCCACCUCCACCACCACCAUUAUCAUCAUCUUCAUCAUCUUCAUCCUCAUCAGCAGCAUCAUCAUCAUCAUCAGUAUCAUCAUCAUCAUCAGCAUCAACAACAACUGAUGAAAAUCAAUUACCAAAUUAUGAAAAAAGCUUUAAUAAAAAUGAUAAUACAAGUGUUAAAUUAAAAAAUUCACCAAUAACAUGUAAAAAAAAUAAAAAUAAAAAAUUACAUGAUAAUAAUAAUAAAGACGAUGAAGAUGUUGAUGAUGAUGAUAAGCUAAAUGAUGUUAAAACACGUGAACCAUCAGUUAAAGAAGCAUCAUCAAGAUUUGGUGUUAAUUUACGUCGUCGUGAUUUACAAAAUGAUUCAAUUAAUUUAAUUAAAUAUAUUGAUGAAAAAAGAUCAGUAUUUAGACCAAUAAAAGAUUCAAAAUAUGAUGGUACAUGUAUAUCAUCAUCAUCACCAGUUGAAUCACCACCACCACCGUUACCACCACCACCACCAUUACCUGCAAAUAAUGAUAAUAAUGACACAUUUAAUAAAAAACCAGGAAUGAAAGAAAUGUUAGAGUUAAAAUUAAUCAAUGAAAUACGUCAUAAUUCAACAAGUGAUUUAAAAACAACAAAUAAUACAAAUAAAAAAUGUAAAUCAUCAAAUGUAAAUAAUAAUUCAACAUCAAUACCGUCAUCAUCAUUAUCAUCAUCAUCAACAACAUCUACAACGUCAACAACAACGACUACAACAACAACAACGACGACGACAACCCAACAAUUAGAUCCAGCAUCACAAUUAUUAUCAGAAUUAUGUGAAAAUUUAAAUAUUGAUAAAAAAAAAAAUAAAAAAUCAAUCUAUAAUUAUGGUAAUGAAUAUGCAAUGUUAAAUUUAAAAACAAUUGAACCACCACAAGAAUUUAAUACAAAUGAUAAAUAUACAACAUCACCAAUAACUGAAAUGAAUAUUAAAUUAAAAAAAAUUGAUAAAACAAUAAAUCGUUGUAAUCAACUAAAAGAUGAUACAAAUAAUGAAAAUACAAUAAUUGAUUUUAAAUCAAGAUUAAGAAAAGUUGAUAAUACAGAUAAAAAUGAUGAUAAAAAUAAUAAAAAAAAUGAUGAUACAAAUGAUAUUGUUGUAUCGGAAAAUGAUGAUAAUGAUGAUAAAAGAAAAAGCACUGGAAGUAUAAGUAGUUUAAAAAAAUUAUGGGAAAAUAAAGAAUGUACAUCUGGUGUUAGUGAUAAUAAUAAUCAACAAUUAAGUCCAAAAUUAAACGUACGUAAUUUUAAUAAAAAUAAUAAUGAUAAUAUUGAUACUGGUGAUGAUAGUCCAGAGGAUCAUAUUUAUUCAUCAACAACACGUUCAUUAUUAUUAUCAUCAUCAACAACAAAUAAAAAUGUAAAUUUACCAAGUACAUCAUCAUCACAAUCACCAGUUAUCAAUGAUAAUAAUGAAAAACCAAUUGUACCAGCAAAACCAAUUAAAAAUAUAACAACAAAUAAUAAAUUAUUUACAUCGACAAUUUAUGCAACACCAAUUUGUGAUAAACAAAUAACACCAACAACAACAACGACGACAACGAAUGAUUAUGAUGAAACAAUAUUAAAUAAACAACAUAGUAAUAAUAGUACUGUUAAACAUAAAAAAAAUGAUAUUAUUGAAUUAUCAAAUGCCAUUGAUUUAACAAUAACAAAUUUAAAAGGUAAUCCAACAAUUGUUAUGACAAAUUGGUUACAAUUAUCAGAUAAAGUUGGAUUAUUACAUGGUUUAUUACAAAAUAUUAAUAAUAAUGAUUGUGGUAUUGGUAUACCAGCACAUGCUAGAUUUCAAUAUCGUGAUUUAACAGGAAGAUUAGAAUUACAAGGACGACAACUUAGAGCUGCUGGUACAAGAAAUAUCACAGAGAAUACAAGACUACUCAGUGACGUUCAAAAUACUAUAAAAGAUGUUACAAAUAUGGUUCAAAGGUAAAUAAAUUCAAAGAGACAGAAAAUAAUAAUAAUAAUAUUUUUUUUUAUUUAAAAAACAACGCAACAAGAAUCAAAAAAAAAAAAAAAAACAAAAAGCAAUUUUUUUUUCUUGCAAAUUUAAAUAAUUUUUGUAGAUUUUUUUUUUUUACUUUAAGAAAUAGGUUUUUUUUUUUUUGUUUUUUAAAAUUUUUAAAUUAUAUUAUUGAAGAAUAAAAAAUAGGUUUUUUUUUUCUUUAUCAUUUAAGAAGACGUAUUUAAAAAUAUAAAUAUUAUAUAGGCAUAUAAAUAUAUAAAUUAUUCUAAGUCAUUAUUAGUAACAAAGAUAAAAAAAAAAAUAAUAAAAUAAAUAUGCAAAAUGGAAAUAACAGUAUUUCUCUUUUUGAGUGACACGAGAACAAAAUAAAAAAUUUAUUAUUGAUGCCAAUUUUUUUACAUUGACAUAAAUAAAAAAAAUAAUUAAUGAUAAAUAAAAUUAAUAUAAAAAAACAUAAUAAAUAGUCAUUGGAAUUUUUUUAAAAAUUAAUUUAAAAUAUUUACAAAAUUUUACUCAAUAGUUUUAUGAAAAAUAAAUUUAAAAAAAAAAAAAAAAACAAUUUGUGAUCAAAAGUGGAAAUCAAAGUCACUUUAUUCCCUCUCUAUUUUCUUUGUUUUUUUUUUUUUCUUUUCUAUCUCAACAAUUAUUCGAAAACAAUGAAAAAUUCCCGAUCGAAAUUUUUUACUUUAUUGGCUUUAAUUUUUUAAAUAAAAUCAUGAUUAAUAAAACGCUUAGUAUAUUCGUAAUUACGUCUAGCAUUUAAUUAUGAUAAAAAACUAAAAAUCAAGAAUACCAAUUAUUUGCAAAAAAAAAAGUCAAAUUAAUUAUAAACUUAUAAUGUUGAUUUUUUUUUUUACUCAAAAAUAAAAAUGAUUUUGUACUUGUAUAAAUAAACAUCUCGUGCCGAUAAAAUAAAUCGACUGAAUGUACAAUUUUUUGAGUUAAUAAAUUAACUAAUUAAUUGUGCUUAAAGAAACGAAAGAAAUUGAAUUAAUUCAUCUAAAAAAAUUGUCGAUAUAGUUACUAUGUAAUUAUAAUUAAUUAUUGAAUGUCGUAAAUUUUAUUUAACACUGUGUGAAUGUAUUAAAUAAAAGAAUGAUCUUCCAGAGAGCGUAAAUUUGAAAAUUAUAAAUUAAUAAUAUUUAAAAAACAAAAAAUAAUUAUACUUUUUAUUUAUCUGUAUUGAAUAAUUUUUAUAUGAAUAUAAUUAAUUGAAAAAAACAAAUUUUUUCUUUCAAAUCAAAAUAGUAAUUAUUACUCAGCCAUGAUAUAAUUUUUUCCUCUUUAGUUUGUGAGUACACGAAAUGAGGAUAUUUUUAAAUCAAACUUGACUCAUUUUUAGGGUAGAUUAUUUUUA